AUGUCGUUCCUCACGCCGUACAACCACCACAGCCUCUUCCCGUGGGGCAACCCGUUCAGCAACGACCUGCGCACGAUGCGCCGCAUGCUGGACAUGACCGAGUCGGGCGCGCGCUCGACGCACACGGUCGAGCCGUCGUACCGCUACGAGGCGGACGGCGAGGCCGCGCACUUCGAGAUCGAGAUCCCGGGCGUGUCCAAGGACAACCUCUCCGUCGAGGUCCACGACAACAAGCUCACCGUGCGCGGCAAGCGCUUCCGCCGCCCCCUCAUCGAGAAGAAGGACGACGACCCCGCCGCCGCCAAGGACCCCGCCGCCCAGAACGGAGACCCCGCCCACCCCGGCGAGGACCCCGUCCCCAGCAUCGUCUACCUCCUCGAGGCAAGGCUCCCACAGGGCGCAAACGUCGACGCUAUCAAGGCAGACCACGUCGGCGACGGCAUCCUCAACAUGACCAUCCCUAUGGUCGCCGACAAGGGCACCCGCAAGAUUCAGAUCGAGUUCUAGCUUGCUGCCUACGCGCUUUACAAGUCCUCACUUGUGCCUUUUGCACCACCCCGUCCGCCCCUAUCCCCUCCAUAGUUUUAGCAUCUUACCCACAUAAUAAGGGAUUCCGCGCGGAACAAGGACUCGCGUUACACUUAGUCAACUUUGAUAAACAAAGCGUUCUCUGUAUGUUCA